AUGGCCUUCCACGGCUCUGGUUUGAAGAGCAAAGCACAAGUGCAACUCAUAAGUACAUUGUGUUAUGUGUUGCCAGAACUAGACUUCAAUCGACUGGAUGGUGAUACCGUCUGCCCGCCAAUGAGAAACGGACAAGAUGACCUUCCAGGUUUUGAUCUGAUCACCCAGUUUCAACUGGACGUGAUUCCCCUGAAAGGUGUGAGGAAAGUGGACGGCUCCACCACCCUCCAGGUGGCCUAUCGUCUCGACAGGGAGGCCAACUUUCAAAUUCCAACUAUGCUUAACUUUCCUCGGGGCUUUCCAGAUGAGUAUUCCUUCAUGACCACCUUUCGCAUGAUCAAGAACACAGUGAACAAGGUGUGGAACGUCUGGCAGGUAGUGGACGAAGACGGCAACAAACAAGCUGGGCUGAGGCUGAAUGGGGACCAGCAGGCCCUGGAAUACUUCCUGAUGGGUGCAGAUGGAAACCUGCAGACCGUCACCUUCCCCGGCCUCUCUGUGCUUUUCAACACUAAAUGGCACAAGGUGAUGAUCGGUGUGGAGCGCAACCAGGUCACGCUGUACGUGGACUGCCAGCCUGUUGAUCAGAAACCAAUUAAAGGCAAAGGCCCCGUCAACACAGAAGGAGACACCCUUAUUGGCAGGCUGGAUGCUGAUCCUGAUGCCUCUGUGGUGUUUGAGCUCCAGUGGAUGUUAAUCCACUGCGACCCAAAGAGAGCCCAGAGGGAGAGCUGCAACGAGCUGCCUGCCACUGAGAUGUAUGCCAAUGCUGAGCCUGAAAGAUCAAUUCAAGGUCCCCCUGGUCCCCCUGGAUCAGAGGGGCCCCGAGGGGCCCCAGGAGAAAAUGGCAGGGAUGGAAGAGAUGGUCUUCCAGGGUCUCCUGGCAGUCCAGGUGUUCCUGGCAGCAAAGGGGAGAAGGGAGAGAUCGGUCUUCCUGGUCAGAGAGGCCUUCCUGGUCUUCCGGGAUCUGCUGGUUCCUCUGGUCCAAUGGGUCCCAGAGGGCCCGUGGGCGAGAGAGGACUUCCUGGCUUUCCUGGACCCCCAGGUCCUCCUGGGCCUACAAGCGAAGGACCAUCUGGUCCUCCAGGGAAACCAGGAAUUCCUGGAGAUGAAGGAAACAUUGGACCGGAGGGUCCACCUGGACCCAGAGGAGGACCCGGUGUUCCAGGGCUUCCUGGUCCUCCUGGCCCACCAGGGCCUGUGGGACCGCCCGGUGCCAACAGUGAGGGGAGUGGGGAAGCUUGUCCUGCUGCCUGCCCUGCUGGACCACAAGGACUACACGGGCUGCCUGGCAUGAAGGGACACAAAGGUUUGCCUGGGGAACCUGGAAAAGAUGGAGAGCCUGGAGAGAAGGGAGAGCCCGGGGAAGCAGGUCCUCAGGGGCCACCAGGUCGUAUGGGAGAUGAUGGACAAAGAGGACCCAUUGGGUUCCCUGGAACUCCUGGAGAGAAAGGAGACAGAGGUCCUCCUGGUUAUAACGGCAUCACUGGACCCACUGGUCCACCUGGAGCUCCUGGUGCGGAGGGAAUUCGUGGACGCCUGGGUUUGCCGGGGCCCAAAGGAGAUGAAGGAGCUGUGGGACCUAAAGGAGAGUCGGGCAUUCAAGGGGAGAAAGGAGAAGUUGGAGAGCCUGGCAAAGAUGGCUUGGAUGGACUUCCUGGAGCUGAUGGUGCCAAGGGAGAGUCUGGUACACCAGGAGUUGUUGGUAUCAGAGGGAUUGUUGGUAUUCCUGGGCUGCCAGGGAAACAGGGAAUAGCUGGACCCCUUGGUGAAAAGGGUGAAACUGGUGCUGAGGGACCCAUUGGGCCAGUUGGACUUCCUGGAAAAACUGGUGAGCCUGGAAUAGAUGGAGUAGAUGGAGAACCUGGAGCAAAAGGAGCAACUGGUGAAACAGGAAAACAAGGACCAGUGGGGCCUGCAGGUCCCCCAGGAAUCCAGGGUGAAAAAGGAGAUAAGGGUUAUACUGGUGCCAAAGGAAUGAAAGGUCAUACUGGGCACAAAGGUGAUCAGGGACCCAUCGGACCAGAGGGACCAAAAGGAAGUCUGGGGGACACAGGUAUGCCAGGAGAUCCAGGUGUCAAAGGAGAUCAGGGCCCCCCGGGUGUACCUGGAAUCAAAGGAGAGCGUGGAGAAAAAGGCCAAACAGGGUCUACAGGAGCUGAUGGCAGACCAGGUAUGCCAGGGCACGAAGGUGUGGCGGGUCCCAUGGGAGCUCGAGGACUGGAGGGAGAACCAGGACUUCCUGGAGCACCAGGCCCCAGAGGUUUACCUGGCCCUAAAGUGAGUGAUGAAAACCUUCGGGAAAUGUGCUCUGUAGUUGUUGAAGAGCAAUUAGAAGAGUUUAUGAAAGAGCUCUUGAAGAGACCAGCAGCCAUUGGGGCACCUGGUACCCCUGGACCAGCAGGACCUCCUGGACAACCUGGAGCAGAUGGAGCAGCAGGAUCAAUGGGAGCUCCAGGCCCAAUGGGUCCUAAAGGUCCUCCAGGUUUCUUCGGACUUCCAGGUGCACCAGGCAAGAAAGGUGAUGGUGGGGAAAAGGGAGAUAAGGGAGAUAAAGGAGAAGAUGGUGUGGGAAUCAAAGGAAGCCCAGGUGAACCAGGUGCACCAGGUGCUCCUGGUACCCCUGGCAUUGGCAAGGAUGGCAAAAAUGGAGAGCGUGGUGAAACAGGAAGCCCCGGUAUCCCUGGACCAUCUGGUGCAAGGGGUCCUUCAGGGCCACCUGGCCUUUGUGAUCCAUCAACCUGUAUAAGCAGACUUCCACCUCUUUAUAUGGUCAGUGGAAAGAAAUCUGCCGCUUACAAACAGCCAUGAGACAUCCCAGCUCAGUGACACUCUCCAGAUCUCAUCCUGCCAGCAACUACGUUUCAGGGCUUCUCAUAAGCCUGGGCGUGGUGAUCUUUGGGAUUUUCAUCAGAACAACACAUCAAAAAGACUCAAAGGGAAGCACAGACUGGACACAACUGUACAGUUUUGUAAAAACAUUUUGACUUGUGAUUUUUAGAGAGAGAUGAAACGUCGCACAACGGUCGCUGCUACUGAUGGCGAGCAGCUUCUGUGACUGACGAUGGGCCUGCAGGACUAUGAGCUGUCAAUAACACCUGCUGAUCCCCCACAUUCAGCCAUUCUCUCUGAUUUCCUCUCAUACAUGUUCACUAAAAACAUUCAUUCAGGUCUUUUAGCUUUGACUGACUGAACAAAUGGCAAAUUAUAUGCUUAAACCACCUUGAGCCAAUCAGGAGCCAAAUCUAGUGAUGUGAAAUGAAAACAGUGCUUAUAUCUAACAUAGACCUAAGCUAACAUCUCCAACAAUGUGCUCUUUAAUUUAGGUAAUUUACCUAUUUUUUUUUCCUUUUCCCCAGUUUUGCAACAAUAAUGUUCUUAUUUUCAAACUUUGUAAUUAAAUUUUAGGUUUUGGAAGUGUUGCACACUCCCAUAUUAAAGAUUACAACCUGUCU